AUGGUGGAUGGAACCCCGAGGCGCACGCAUAAAGCAUGGCCCACCGCGGAUGCAGACUACUCGCGGCCCGCGCUGAAGCCCAUCACCUUCAGGAUGGAACGGGAUACGUUCCCCCGGCUGCCGGGGGACAUGAGUGGCGCGGUGCACAUACGCAGACAGCUCGACGAACAGGAGGAAGCGGCAGAAGAGGCUAGGGUGCACCAGUGGCUUAAGGAUCUUGGGCAGGAUCCGGACGACGAGGGAGACAACGCAGGACCUCGAGGCCAGAAGAGGCGCGGCGAGGAUGAUUUGGCUCUGCCUCCCGGCAAGAGACCCAAGGGAGGCGGUCUCCGAGGCGGAAGCGAUGAUGGAAAAGCAGGGUUGAGUAAACUCUUUAGCAAUCUUAACCCCUUUAAAAGGAUGAAAUCCCACGGCUCUAGGAACGACAAAUCUGGGAACAGCAACUCGAGAAACAAUGGCUUUGGAGACGAUGACCAAGGAAACCAGGGCUCGAUAAAGGAUAGCACGACCAACAAUAACCACAAUAUCGGUGCGUCGACACCCUUGGACCAAGAACGUCUCUCGGAGAUUCCGCCGCCAGUCCUUGUCAUAGAAAACUUGCGCACCACAUUCGGCAACGGAAACGAUGACGAAACGGCCCGGCGCUACCGCGACUGGUUCGCGUUCCUCAUCACCCUCAUGGGGGACGCACCGGGGUCGAUCACUGCCCCGGGCUUCCUGUUGCGCCACAGGCAGAGGAACAAGCUCAAGAAGCUGAAGACGGCGCUGGCACACAUGUCCAUCAAGCCCUUUGAGAAGCGGCGGACGACGCAGCAAAGGAUCAAAUUGCUCCAAGGCAAUCUACGGCAGCACGGGGAGACCCUGAAGAAGCUCACAGAUACGGCUAUCAUAGAGGAGUGGGAUACCCAGAAGAUGCAAGACGACUUGGAGGAGUGCUGCAAGAGGAUGGAUCGGGAUUCGAAGGCGCUGGAACGGCAAGAGAAGAGCCUGACGCUGCAGGUGGCAUUUGAAGAAAAGAUCUUUGUUGGCGGCGUUGGCCACGGGGAUUGCUUUCUCAGCUGGAUCACCAAGGCGAGGAACCGCGUCUACUGGGAGCUAAGCUUUGCCGACCGGGUGCGAGAGAAGCCGGAAAGAGUAACGGUCGGCAGUCAGACGUAUUAUUCGGUUUGA